CUCCCUCAAGUUUCUUCUCUGAACAACAAACUAUAUUCAUGACACAGGCUUAAGACUAAUCCCCAUUUGAAAUAGUUAGUAGGCCUAUAUCUGCAAAAUGACUCACAGAGAUGGAAAUCCUCAUUGUCGCACGUCAUUCAUCGUGUGUGUGUGUGUGUGUGAGUGUUUGAGUGUAUAUAUGUAUUCAAGUGGCAUCCCUCAUGGGGUCAGGGGUGUUUGAAGAUGAUAAUUGGAAUCGAGCUGCCGUUAUGUCUCCCAGCGGAACCCCUCAGACCGGACCGCGUGUGUGUGUGUUUGUGUCUGUGUGUGUGUGUGUUGGGAUAUAAAAAGAGAAGAGAAGUAUGAAGAUGGUCUCAAGCAUAGAUACUCCCAGGCAAGAGCAUCUCAGACUUGUUCUCAGCUGAUCUGAAUUUGAAUAAACCAUACCAACUCAUCAAACAAGCAUGAUGGUCAGUGUGUGCAAACUGUUGCUGGUAGCUGCCUUGUUGCUGUGUUUGCAAGCUCAGCUGUCUAUCUCUCAGCACUGGUCUCAUGGAUGGUACCCUGGAGGAAAGAGAGAAAUCGACUCUUACAGCUCACCAGAGAUAUCUGGGGAGAUUAAACUGUGCGAAGCAGGAGAAUGCAGCUAUCUGAGGCCACUGAGAACCAAUAUCCUAAAGAGCAUCCUGCUUGAUGCCCUUGCAAAGGAAUUCCAAAAAAGGAAGUGACCUCAUCAAAUUGUACCUCCAGGAUCACAGCCUCUUUCUUUGCUUUGUUUCUCUGCACUGUUCUGGAUAAACACCUCUGCUAACCUGUGGAUGUGAGCAUGUGUUUAUGUUUUUGUGGUUUUAGCAUUAAGCUUUCUGUCAUCUGUCUAAGAAGCAGCCCUGUGAAAUUGCA